AUUUGCGAACUAAACAAUGCCAGCAAAGGCCACGAGUGUAACCACCGUCUCGUACCUACUAUCAAGUUCAGACACCCGGCCGGCCACCUCCCUCUCGAUCUCUUGCUCUCUCCCUCAUACGCACAGCCAUGUCUAGACGCUUCCAGCUGGCCCCCGUCCUCAUCUGCCUGACGAUCACCGUAGUCCUGCUGAUCAGCAGCACGGCGUCGGCGGACACGCCGGACUGCCCAUACCCAUGCCUGCCGCCGCCAUCCGCUGGAGGAGCGACCAACAGCUACCCGCCACCGCAACCGUCCACAGGAGGCGGCGGCGGCGGCUUCGGCGGGAGCUAUCCGCCACCUCCGCCAGGGAGCUACCAGCUGACGCCGCCGGGAGUGAUGCCGGGCUUCUCCCCACCGUACAGUGGAGGAUUUCCCUCUGGGCCUGCCCCGCCGCCGCCGAACCCAGUCGUCCCGUGGUUCCCGUGGUACUACCAGCACACCAACCCGAUCACGGGGUCGACGACGACGUCGGCGUCCUCACCGGCCAUGGACGGCAGGUCGACGGUUGCAGUCGCGGUGCUGCUCCCUCUGUCCUUGCUCCUUCUUUUUCGUGGGCUGUAGAGAGGGUACCUGCCGGUAGGCGAGUUAGUUGAUUCCGAACUAAUUAAGGAGCUUCAUUUUGCUAUUUUGUUUGUACUAUGUGCUACUAGCUUUGUUUAUGUCGUGUUAUAUUAUAUAGAAAUACAAUACUAGUUUAUUUUACAUAAUGUAUUUUAUCUGUGUCUCCUCA